AUGGUUUCCAAUACUGAUAUGGGGUUUCUAGCUGUGACUUUGGCAAUAUUCAAAUUGAGAAAACAAAAAAAGAAAAGAACUAGACGCUGGUCAAAAGAGUGGUUUAAGCUGCGAAGUCGUUUUACUCAUGAAAAUUUGCUAAACGUUCUUCGAGAUACAGAACCAGAAGAUUACAAAAAUUUUCUUCGAAUGGACCAAGAAGGGUUUGAAACUUUACUUGAGCUAGUUAGGCCCAAAAUAGAAAAACAAGACACUAUUAUGCGUAAAGCAAUCCCUGCAAGUCAGAGACUUUCUCGUGACAUUAAGAUAUCUAGCGUCUGGCAUGGAUUUGGAAGAUUUGAAGUUUAUGUGUGCUAUUGCCCCUCAGACUUUGGAAGGCAUCAUAAUGGAAACCUCUGA